AGGACGCGAAGGUAGCUGCUGCGCUGAGUGGAUGAUGGAUGCUGCGGUGGGUGGAUGAUAGAUGUUGCGGUUGAUAGCUGCGGUAGAUAGCUACCAGCUAUCAUCCUCCCAUCCUCCACUCAGCGCAGCUAUCCUCCCCUCCUCUACCGCAGUUAUCCUUCCAUCCUCCACCCACCAUGUCGCCUCAUUCGGAAUUUCGCGAGUGUCUAGAGAGGUUGAAAGCAAUCGAGGCCAUAUUCACCACCCAUCGCGAUCAAGAGGUCCUAUCUAUAAUACAUGGAGUGCAGACGGGGUUACUCCAUGUCCAAGAAGGGAUGGGAGAAUUGAAUCCUGGUCGGCAGUCUGCUUCCUGUCGACUCUGCCGCCGACACAAAGGGAGCAGUCCUCAGGGGGAUGAUGGUAGUCCUUAGAGGCGAGAU